UACCAUCUUGGCGGCUUGAAUCGUGGCGUGCGGUUGUCGACGUGAGGAUUGAAGAUGGACCGGUCAAUUUGGUGUUCGUUGUGGGACUAGGGUUUUUUUCUUUCGCGCUGUGCGGCUCGCUGCGCGCUAAGCGGGCGAGCCUGGCACGUGACGCUCCCAACUCUAAGUUUCUAACUCCGGCCGGCCAUCGCCAAGCCACGGAUAUGAGUGGAGAUGCUAGUCAUCGAGACGGCCAUUUGAUUCGGCGAUCAUGCCGUAUGGUGCUACUUAAAUUCAUCUGAAUCAACUAAAAAAAUACUACAUUAUCUUCUUAAUACCCCCCCUCCCCCUCUCUACAUGGCUUCCGCGACAGGCAGCGGAUGGGCCCAGCUCCGGCAGCAGGCCCGUUCGCUCGAGACUCAGACGGAGAACCUGUUCCAUACCUACUCGCAAUAUGCGUCCAUGUCGAAGCUGCCGCCCACGCCGUCGGAGGAGGAGCAGCGGAUCGAAUCGCAGCUCAAGGAUCUUCUUGAACAGCGAGAAGCUCUGAUCUCCCAACUCGGCCGGUUGCUCGAUUCGGAAGCAACUCUGACAGCUUCCGCCCUGAAGCAGAACAACCUCACCCGCCACCGCGAGGUGCUCCACGACCACCGCCGGGAACUGCAGCGGCUGGGCGUCGCCAUCGCCGAGACACGCGACCGCGCCAAUCUGCUGUCCAACGUACGGUCAGACAUCGAUGCGUACCGGGCGUCGAACCCGGCCGCCGCCGAGGCUGAGUACAUGCUCGAGGAGCGCGGGCGCAUCGACAACAGCCACAACAUGAUGGACGGCGUGCUCAGCCAGGCGUACGCGAUCAACGAGAGCUUCGGUCUGCAGCGCGAAACUCUGGCCAGUAUCAACCGCCGCAUCGUCGGCGCUGCGAACCAUAUCCCUGGCAUGAACACGCUUAUGGGCAAAAUCGGCACCAAGAGGAGACGGGAUGCGAUCAUCCUCGGUGGCUUUAUCGGUUUCUGUUUUCUCAUGCUGCUUUUUUUCAGUUAGGCUCUUGCUCUUUUCUCGCUGCUUUUUAUCCCUCUUCCAAUGCGUGUCUUAUAUUCAGCGGUUCUGGACAUCGAGGCGUUUGCGGGCGUACUACUCUACUAUAAUUCUUUAUACAUGGUGAUCUAUCUUUAUGAUGGCGUUGUCGUCUAAUUUUAUACAUAUAAUGUACAUGUGAGAGGGAAAAAAAACAGAGAAGAGAAGUGUUAUUCAUGUCCAAAAAUCACGCCUUGACGACAACCCGGGGUCGGGGCUGUGUCGAUUCGGCCGUCUUGGCCGCCGAGU